GCGGCGCUGCCGUCUCCUGCAGUGACCGAAGCUUCAGUGAGACGGAGCACAGAGGAGAUGAUGGACUGUUCCAGGGUCCGGGCUGAAGCUCCUUCUGAGGAGCCCAGCGCCAAGCUGUUCUGCUGCGGCUGUGUGAGACGCUACAUUCCUCUGGUUUACAGAGAGGAGAUCUACCACAUACUGCGCAUGGCUGGACCCCUGCUUGUGUGCCGGUUCCUGAACUUCCUCCUUUUCUUUGUGGUCACAAUGUUCUGUGGGCGUCUGGGGAACACUGAGCUGGCAGGCUAUGGCAUGGCUUCAGCAACAAUACAUGUAACUGCCACAGCAACAGGAUAUGGACUAACUUUAGCGUGUGAUACGCUGGUCUCUCAGACGUUUGGGAGUAAGAAUCUUCUUCAUGUGGGGGUGAUCCUGCAGAGGGGAGUCCUGAUCCUGCUGCUUUUCUGUCUGCCAUGCUGGGCUCUGCUCAUCAACACUCAGCCCCUUCUCCUCUUGGUGGGGCAAGACCCUGAGGUGGCCAGGAUAGCACAGAUUUAUGUUGUUGCUUACAUUCCUGCUGUUCCAGCCAUGUUUCUGUACCAGCUGCAGCGGUCUUACCUGCAAAACCAGGGUGUGAUCAUGCCUCAAAUGUACGCAUCUGUGGUGGUCAAUAUCGUGAACGUUCUAGCUAACUAUGUUUUGCUCUUUUGGUUGGACCUCGGAGUACAUGGUUCUGCAGCAGCCAACAGUUUUGCUCAGAUCUUCAGCUGCAUUGCGUUGUUUACAUACAUUCGGAUAAAGAAACUCCAUGUAAAGACAUGGGGUGGCUGGUCCUCAGAGUCACUACAGGAUUGGGGGGCUUACAUGAAGCUGGCUAUUCCUAGCACACUAAUGGCUUGCUUUGAUUGGUGGAUCUAUGAGAUUGGGGGAUUCUUAGCAGGAAUGCUGGGAGAGGUUGACCUGGCAGCUCAGCACGUGGUCAUAAUGCUGGCUUACAUAGUCUACAUGAUUCCAUUAGGUUUGCAAGGUGCAGCAUGUGUGCGUGUGGGUAACGCACUAGGAGCUGGGAACACUGCCGGAGCCAUUCACACUAGCAAGGUUUCUCUCAUCUUAGCAGCUAUACUGGCAAUCCUUCUGGGUGUUGUGAUCGCCUCUACAAAAACAGUCAUUGCCUUCAUUUUUACCUCAGAUGAGAGCAUAGCAGAGUUGGUCUCUGAACUCAUGGGUAUCUACUGCCCUCUUCAGUUCUUUAAUGGAAUAUUGUGUGUUGGAAUGGGAAUUCUUUUGGGCACUGGGCAGCAGAAGAUAGCAGCUAUUGCCAACCUUCUUGGUUACUACCUAAUUGGACUUCCUCUCAGCAUCAUUCUGACCUAUCCAGCUAAGCUGCAAAUUGCUGGCUUCUGGUUGGGCCUCCUUGUUGCUGUCUUUUUGCUAGCAAUCUAUUUUGUAGUCAUUAUCUUCAGACUAAACUGGAAGAAAAUGACGGAGGAGGCUAUUGAGCGUGCUGGAAUGGGGAAGACUGUAAUCCAUUCCGACCGUAGAUCCAGCCAUCGCCUCUCCGAUAGCUUUUUCCUUGCAGUCACAAAUGGAGAGAAUGGGAAUAGCUAUCAGAUUGUGAGCUCUCGAGACCAGACCGAGGAAAGAAGUCCUCCAGUAGCUCAAGAAAGACAGGAAGUGGGACAAGAAGAAGAAAAGAGUUCUGCAGCAUCAAUGCUGUCCACCUCUCAGCUUAUGAUCAGGAGAGGCCUGACCACUCUGGCUGCUGUUCUGAUCCUGGCUGUUGGGACAGUCGUACAUCUUACUGUUCCUCUGCCUGAGGUGGCCUUCAUUACCAACAGCACUAUGGACUGGGAGAACUUCACUUCACCUGCUCCACUCACCACACAAACAUUGUCCUUUUGAGCCUGAUGGACCAAGGACUGGAUGCAUAUUGGUACACCGAUUAACAGCUCUGACUGACAAAGACAAACACAUUGAUUAUCUUCACCUAUAGUGGCACCUGUCAAGGGCAGCAAGUAAAAAGUUGGGCAGGCUUAGGGAUCUGAGCCAGGGCUAGGCAAUUGAGUCAGAGAAUGUCAAAAAUGGUCUAAAAUAAUCAGGUGGAUCUUGUGAGAUGUUACUACUAUGUAGUGGUGAAUGCAUACCAAAUGGGGUCCAAGAAAAGGACAGUUGAUGAACUGGCUACUUCUAAACUUACAGGACUUAAAGGUAUCUUCUAAUAAUGUCUUCAGUGGUUAUGUGGGUUCAAGGUCUUGAUUGGUCAGGUCUGUUGUGGUGGCACAAGGGGGACAUAAUUCACAUUAGGUUAAUGCACUAUAAUAUUAGUGCUAAUGUUAUGGUUGAUCAGUGUAUACUAAGUAUACUGAGCAUAAUGUAUUGCACUUUAUUGGGAUAGGAAUGUUGACAUAUGUCUGUAAACUGGUAAGGUGCCAGUCUCACAGUAAAUAAGACAGGGUUCAUAUACCUUUCACAAGGUAAAAUUCAAGCACUUUCAAGGCCAUUUUCUAGUUUUUCCAGCACCUUUUAGCUGUGGUAUAUUAAUGAUAAUGAUAACUUCACAGUGACUAUGCUACUGAGAAAAAAAAUACUUCUAGGUAAGUAAAUAGCAGGAAUUAAGGAUUUAUUGCUGUCAGUUUCACACAAUUUAAAUACCAAUGUUCUUUAUCAUAUGUUUACCCUAUUCAUUUGAUUGAGCAGUUACUGUAAUAUGUAAAAUAUGGGGGUGAGUUAAGAACAUUUAUACGUACAAACACUCAAAAUUAUUGAUUUGCUUUUUGUCACACUGCAAGAGAUGGUAUUAUAUUUAUGUGAACACAAUCAGAAUUGUGUUCGGUAAUUGCAGAAGAAGAAGAAAUUAAAUAAAACGUUUUAUGAUUCAAAAUGUA